AUGGGAUAUGGGGAGCUUAUUAUACGAAACUAUGACGCUCAAAACGAUAGAGUUAGAGUGGAAGAUCUCGAGAGAAGAUGUGAAGUAGGCCCAGCUGAGAGAGCGUUUCUCUUCACAGACACCUUGGGUGACCCCAUCUGCAGAAUCAGAAACAGUCCGAUUUAUAAGAUGCUGGUAGCCGAGCUGGACAGCCAGUUGGUUGGUGUCAUCCAGGGCUCCAUAAAGCUUGUAGCAAUUCAUAAACCUCCCAAGGAUCUAGCCAGGGUUGGCUAUAUCUUGGGCUUAAGGGUUGCACCUCUUCAUCGGCGACGAGGGAUUGGCUCGAGACUGGUGAUCAAAAUGGAGGAAUGGUUCAUUGCAAGUGAUGUUGAUUAUGCAUACAUGGCCACAGAGAAAGAUAAUGAGGCGUCCUUCAAGCUCUUUGUAGACAAGCUCAGUUACGUCAAGUUCCGGACGCCAGCCAUUCUCGUAAACCCUGUUAGCCAUCGGAUGUCCCAGAUAUCAUCGAACUUUGAAUUAGCAAAGCUCAAGAUUGAAGAAGCUGAAUCUCUCUACCGUAAAUUCAUGUCUUCAUUAGAGUUCUUCCCAAAUGAUAUAGGCAGUAUACUGAGAAACAAGUUAAGCUUGGGGACUUGGGUGGCUUAUCCGAGAGGUCAAUCAUGGGGUUAUUCAGAAUCAAAUGAGGGAGUUCCUAGUAGUUGGGCAAUGCUUAGUGUAUGGAAUAGUGGGGAGCUUUUCAAGUUGAGGUUAGGGAAUGCACCCUUAUCUUGUUUGAUGUACACGAAGAGCUCAAAAUUGAUCAAAAAGCUUUUUCCAUGCUUUAAAUUGCCAGCCAUACCAGAUUUUUUCCAUCCAUUCGGAUUCUAUUUCAUAUAUGGAGUGCAUCAUGAAGGUCCAUUGUCUGGCAAUUUGGUACGGAUCCUGUGCCGAUUCGUGCAUAACUUGGCUUCAAAGUCUAAGGAUUGUAAGGUUAUUGUUACAGAAGUUGGAGGUAGCGACACAUUGAGACUUCACAUCCCGCAUUGGAAAUUACUGUCCUGUUCAGAAGAUUUAUGGUGCAUAAAGGCCUUGAAAAAUGAAGAGAGGAACAGCCUCCUUGAGUUGACGAAAACCCCACCGACAAGAGCUCUUUUUGUAGACCCAAGAGAUGUAUGAACAAAGAAAUAUUCCAGACCCUUUUAGUCUGGCCUGAGCUAAACCCCACCUCAUGUAUUCUUUGACAAGUUCAAUCCAUCUCUCCUGGCGG